GUCAUCAUCAAUAUGAAUUCAACAAUAAAUUGUUGGUAAGAAAUUGUAAACAUUUACAAAAUAGACAACAGCAACAAAAACAAAAUUUUCAACGUAAUGAUUACCAAAGUAAAAGGAACUAUAGUAAAGAGGAUUAUGUGGGUACUAAUAAUGAUGAUAAUCUUAGCAGAGGUUUAAGUUUGGAAAGUUAUAAUUCUUUAUAUGAAGCAGAAUUAAAUAGUUGGCCUCGACAACACAAUCAACAACAACAACAACAGCUAAAGCAGCAGCUGCUGCAACAAAUCAAAUUUGAUAGCAUUAAUAAUAUAAAGCAGGCUUACGGUGGCAAUAAUACUGGUAUUAGUAAUCAAAACGGAAGUAUUUGUGGUAAGUUAAUGACUGAUAGUGGACACCGUAUGAAUGGGUUAAAUAGUCAACAUAUAAAUGCUGCAACUAAAGGAGCAGCAACAACAACACCAACAACAUUAACACCAACACCAACGUUUCAACAUAUCAUUUGUAAUAACGAGACCUAUGAGACACAUUUAACGCAUAGACAACAUGCUAAUAGAGAGGACGAAGUUGACCCUGAUGAUGAUGAUAUUGAUAAUAUGGCUAAAACGGCAUUGGCCUCCAAUAAGACAUAUAAAAAAUUUGUUUUACCCUUGGAUAUACCAACGCCUCCAUUGCCUCUUAGCUAUAAUACAACUAAACGACUCUUAAGCUCACACAAUCAUCAUCACACACAAACCGCCUCUACCACCUGCCAAUGUGAUAAACAAACGAAUUUUUCACUACAACCGCACAAUAACUGUAGCAUUAGCACUAACUCGAAUAACAACAACAACAGCAAUAACAGCAAUAUAAAAAACCAGGUAAAUCAUAUCAGUUUUAUACAAACAACACCAAACCAGACACCACCCUCGAAAAAAGAAAAUUUAAAAUUGCUGCAUAAUAAAGGCAGCAGUUCUAGCAGUACUCUUAGUGGUAGCAUUGGUUGUGGUGGCAUUGCUGGUGCUCUUAAUUUUAAUGUAAGUGACCAACACCUGCCACACCACGAACCACUGCAACAUCAUCAUCUAUGCCAGCAAAAAAAUUUAAAACUACAACAUGCCACACAUCAGCAUCACCAUCAUCAUCAUCAUGAACAACAACAGCAGCAGCUACAGCAACAUCACUCGCAGCCACAUUGCCAGCAAAAAGUACAACACGAACAAUUACCUUUAUAUGAUGCAUACGCAUCGCAACAGUAUUUGCCUCAACUGCCACAACUACUCAGCAUUAAUAGUAGCAACCAACAGAAUUCAUUAACAUUAUCACAUCGCCGUAUGGCUCCCACAUUUAAUCGUAUCGCUGAUAAAAAUUAUAUGAAGAAUUUAGUCUACUCACCGGCAAAAUUACGACGUGUUCGUAUAAUACUAUGUGUAGUUGGUGGUAUUGUACUCUUGGCUCUCUUGGGUACAGCAAUCUACUUCAUAGUAAGUGGCUCUGAAGAUGGCACAAAUAAUGAUGGUAAUGGCAAUGGUAAUGGAGGACCCUCGAAUGGCAUUAACUUAGAGGAUGUACUACAAGGUAAAUUAGUGGCAAGACAUUUUAAUGGCAGUUGGAGCGGCAGUAAUAUUAUCUACAAAGAGAAUAAUAAUUUUCAAAAUUUUCAGGCCAUUAUGGAGUAUAAUGUGUUGACGAAAAAGAGUACACGUCUGCUGUUGGAUACGCUUCAACAAUAUAUUUUAUAUGAAAAAUCAGCCGAUGGCACUUAUUUAUUAUUGGCUAAGAAUUAUAAAAAGAAUUUCCGUCAUAGUUUUCUGGCUGAAUAUGAUAUUUAUGAUAUAGCUACGGGUCAAGUGAAACCGUUGGAAAUACAAAAACAAACUAAACCUUUAAUAAUGGUACAGUGGGCACCCGUUGGCAAUGCCUUGAUUAUAAAUUACGAACGUAAUUUGUAUUAUAAACCCACUGCAUUUGCUGAUGAAAUUGCCUUAACCGAUGAUACAAAUGAGGCCAUUUUAAAUGGUAUACCCGAUUGGGUUUAUGAAGAGGAGGUAUUCUCUUCCAACUCAGCUGUUUGGUUUAGUCCCGAUGGCAAAAAGUUAGCCUUUAUACAAUUCGAUGAUAGUCCUACACAUGUUAUAAAUUUCCCUAUUUAUGGUGAAGCUGCUGAUUUACGUUUCCAAUAUCCCUAUAAUCGUUUGGUAGCCUAUCCGAAAGCCGGUUCUCCAAAUCCUCGAGUAAAAUUAUUUACUUCGGAUUUGGAUAGGGCAGCUGCGGGUAAUACGGAUCAUUUGACUGAAAUCCCUGUACCAAGUGCUCUAAAUACCGAAGGUGAUUAUAUCAUAACGGUUGUGGAUUGGUUGAAUAAUACGAAUGUCUUGUCGGUGUGGAUGAAUCGUAUACAGAAUCAGGCUCAUGUGCAGAUCUUUAAUGGUUUGAGGAGACAAAAUACCUAUAGCUUAAUCUCCAAAACCGGUUGGGUAGAUUUCUUUGCAACACCCUUCAAAAAUCGUGAUGGCACUCGUAUUGCCUUUAUAAUGCCUCAGCCACAGGACUUUAGCGGUGAAUAUCGUCAUUUAUGUGUUUUAUCCACCGCGUCUAGUACCGGUAAACCUGAACCUUUGACUAAAGGCAAAUAUGUUGUUACCUCGAUAUUACACUGGGACCCCACAAACGAUAUUAUAUUCUAUACAGCCAAUUUACCCAAUAAACCCGAACAAUUGCAUGUCUAUGCCAUUAAAGCAGCAACUGGACAAACUGCCAAAUGUUUAACGUGUAAUCUACAUAAAUCGAAUGGUGUGGAACAAACUUAUUAUUCAGCCGAUUUUAAUACCAAACAUGAAGUUAUUAUAACUUCUUUGGGACCAAGCAUACCUCAGACCGUUAUUUAUGAAUGGAGUUAUGUCAACAAUCAAGUAAAUCUAAAUAAAAUCGUAACCUGGGAAGAUAAUGAGAAUCUAAGAAAAACUCUCAGUAAUUAUGAUUUGCCCACAAUGGAUAUUCAUUCAAUACCUAUUGCCGAUGGUUUCACAGCUAAAGUUCUAUUACAACUGCCCCCUAAUAUGGAUCGUAGCGGUAAAACAAAAUAUCCCAUGUUAGUUGAUGUUUAUGGUGGUCCCGAUUCCUAUUCGGUUAUUGAUAGAUGGAUUGUGGACUGGGGUACAUAUCUGACAUCAAAACAAUCUGUGAUCUAUGCCAAAAUCGAUGGUCGCGGUUCGGGCUUAAGAGGUGAAAAACUAUUGCAUUCUGUUUAUUUGAAAUUAGGUACCGUAGAAAUUGCUGAUCAAAUUGAAGUCACCCGGCAAUUGCAAGAGAAAUUCAAUUUUAUUGAUGCCAAUCAUACUGGUAUUUGGGGUUGGAGUUAUGGUGGCUAUGCCGCUGCCAUGGCCUUGGCCAAUGAUGAAAAACAUGUAUUCCGUUGUGCUGCUUCCAUAGCUCCCGUUACCGAUUGGACUUAUUAUGAUUCCAUUUAUACCGAACGCUAUAUGGGACUGCCCACCGUUAAUGAAUUGGGCUAUGCCGCCUCUCGCUUGAGUACCAAAGCAACACAAUUAAAGGGCAAAAAAUUCCUUUUAGUUCAUGGUACCUUAGACGAUAAUGUACACUAUCAACAGGCUAUGAUAUUAGCUAAGAAUUUGGAGAGACAUGAUAUAUUAUUCAAGCAAAUUAGUUAUCCCGAUGAGGAUCAUGCUUUAGCCGGUGUACGACCUCAUUUAUAUCAUUCUCUUGAUAGAUUCUUUGGCGAUUGUUUCGCCCAACCCCGUAUGGCCCAUAGUAAAUAGAAAACUAACAAAAGCUUAAACAAACAACUAAAAUAUAUAAAUUAAUCUUAACAACAAUAACAACAACAACAAAAAAAACAUGCCAUUUUAUUAAUGAUCAAUUAUAAGAGGAGUGAUAGUUCAGCCGCCAAAAAAUAAAAUUUUCCCCCCAA